AUGUAUCAAUGUUCAUGUUUCUUGGGCGAUAUUUUCUCCGGUUUAAACGAUGGUUUGUUGAGUCGAGCCGAAGCGUUAGCAGCUGUUGAUAUGCAAAAACAUCAAAGCACUCACGCAGCACACCAGCAGAUGACGCAACAGCUCAAGCACGACGUUAUGUAUCAUCACGGCAUGGGUGGACCACCCCAACGACCACUUCAGGCGCACAAAAUUUCUUAUCUUCUUACGAUCGGUGCUGUAGUGUAA